UUCUUUUUUUUGAAGGAGAAAAAAUUAGUGCUAAAGAUGUGAAAAGUUUUUUAGAAGCCGCUGGAAUAACAUUAACACCUAAAGAAUACUUAGAACUGAUGAGAAAUCUACCGACUGACGAUAAUGGAAACAUAUAUGAAAACAGACUGAUCGACCGUCUGAAAUUGUUCGAAGGUGGGACAGUUGAUGUCAAUAACUUAGAAAAUGCUUUGGAAAACUUGAAAAUCAAGCUCUCAGAUGAAAAACUAAAAGAUCUGUCAGAAAACCUUCCAUUUGAUGCCUCUGGGAAGAUUGAUCUGCAGAGACUAAUGAAAGAAGUACGAAAAUUCACAGGAGGAAAAAUUGAUGCCAAACUCGCACAAAGAGUGCUGGGGAACAUGGGCAUAGAGCUCACGAACAAGGAAAUCAAUGAGCUACUGAAAAGGCUGCCUGUCGCUGAUGAUGGGAAGAUACCUAAAAACAUAUUACUUGAUCAUAUAAAGUGGUUUCCUGGGGGCAAGUGUCAUGCCUCCAAAAUGGAUGCCAUCCUAGAAGACAUGGGCUAUGAGCUGGAGGACGAGGAAAUUGAAGACCUGCAGAGCCAUCUGCCCAUUGAAGAUGGAAAGGUUAAACUGAGUAAGAUGAUGGAAAAUGUAGAGUCAUUCACAGGAAGCAAAGUGGAUGUUGAUGAACUAAGUGGCACUUUGAAAACCACAGGGAUAAUACUCACACCUAAGGAACGCUGGGACCUGCUAAAGACCCUGCCUGUCACCUAUGAUAAUAAGGUGUAUCGCAACCGACUGUUUGAUGGUUUAAAAACUUCGCACAGAGGGAGAGGCUUUACAAGUAAACUAGAAACCAUUAUGGAAAACUUCAACUACCAGGUUGGAAAAUCAGACUUGAAAAGUCUAUGGAACUUCUUGCAAAUUGACGAUGCUGGACGGUUCUCACUGAGCUCCUUGGCAAAUGCAGCCAAUUUGUUUUCUGGUGUUAAAAUAAAUGCCAAGGAUAUAAAACCAUAUCUGGAAAGCUUGGGCAUUGAAUUAACAGACGGUGAAAGCCAGCUGAUACAGAACACACUUCCAAUAGAUAAUGACAACAUGGUGUACAAAAAUGUGUUAAUGGACAUACUGCGGACUCUCAGAAGUGGAAAAGUCGAUAUUGAUAAAAUCGAUGAUGCUCUUGAACACCUGGGAUAUCCUCUUGAGGAAGAGGAGAUAGAGGAGUUGUCUAAAAAUCUGCCAGUUAAUCGCGAAAGGAGUAUCCGCAUGGAUUUGCUCCUGAAAGAAGUUGAUGCCGUUUUAGGGGAAGAAAUCGACUAUAAUGACAUGGACAAUGUUCUUAAAAACAUUGGGUUAAGACUCCAACUAAAAGAAAGCAAUGUAUUAAUGAAAGCUUUACCAAUGGAUGCUGCCGGGAAGAUAUACAAGCACAAGCUGAUAGACAGCGUCAUGUCCCUCAAAGGAGUUCAGAUUGAUUUGAAAAAGAUAAAGACUUUCAUGGAAAAUAUGGGUUAUGAACUUGAGGAGAAUGAAUAUGAAGACCUGAUAAGUUACCUGCCUGUUAAUGAUAAUGGGAUGGUUAAUAUCAAUGAUGUCAUGGAUAAAGGGAGUCUUUUUACAGGUGAGAAGAUUGACAUUGUUGACCUGGACGAUUUCCUGGAAAAGAUAGGGAUCAAACUCCCAGAAGACAAGAUGAUGAAGUUGCUGGGUAAACUGCCGACUGACGCUAGUGGAAAACUGUACAAGAAAAGAUUAAUAAGAGAAUUGGAGAAUGUUGAAGGGAUAAAGAUAUAUUCAAAUAAGGUGGAUGCUUUCGUUAAAAAUGCAGAAAUUAAUCUCAACAAUGAAGACAUGCAGACGCUGAUGGACCAUCUACCAGUUGAUCGUAAUGGGAAGGCUGACUUCCGUGUAUUGAUGAACGAAAUUAAAAAGAUUACAGGAGAAAAGAUUCAUGCAGAGGACAUAAAAGAAAUUCUGGAAAACAUGGGUAUAGAAAUGACCAAUAAGGAAAACAAAAAACUGCUCAAAACUCUACCUGUCUGUGCUGACAAAACAGUGUUUAAGAAAGAAUUACUAUCUGGUGUGAAGUGCUUCAAAGGAGGGAAAGUUAACGUCCAUGAUAUGAAGACUGUUCUUCAAAACACUGGUUUCAAACUGGAAGCAAAAGAGCUGAAGGACCUGCAGUCCCGCCUGCCCGUGACCGAACAUGAAAAGGUUGACUUGGAUGUGUUGAUGGAUGCAGCAAAAUCUUUCACAGGAGAAAGAGUUGACACCAAAGACUUAAAAGACGUUCUGGGGAACAUGGGAAUUGCCAUCAGUGAAAGAGAAGAAUUGAAGCUAUUGAAAUCUCUGCCCAUCACAAAAGAUGGAACAGUCUAUAAGAAGAGAUUACUGGACAGUGUGGCGUCAAUCAAAGGGAAAAAAAUCCAAGUCUGUCAUAUACCACUCGUUUUGAAGAAUGCAGAAUUUGAACUUGAGAAGGAAGACUUUGAUGAUCUCAUGAAACAUCUGCCUGUCGAUGAAAAUAAACUGGUUGAUUUAAGUGCGUUAAUGGAUGAAGCAAAAACUUUUACUGGGAGGAAGGUUGAGGUUGAAGAUCUGAAAAAUGUGCUGAGGCGAGUGGGACUGGUGCUCCCCGACAGAACGUACAAGGAUCUGCAGAAAAGCCUGGCCGUCUACGCUGGUGGGAAGAUAUAUAAGAAGCGACUGCUAAAGUAUGUGACGGAUCUCAAAGGGCCACGGGCCAAAAUAAAAAAAAUGGAAUCUCUCUUGGAAAACCUGGGAGUUAAGAUCAAAGAUGAAGAACUUGAAGAACUAAUGGCCCAGCUGCCAUCUGAUGGUAACAGAACAGUGGAUCUGAAUGAUCUGAUGGAUGUCAUCAGUUACAUCAAGGGAGAAGUAAUUGACAUCCAAAACCUGGGCAAGUUUCUAGCAAAUGAGGGGAUCGAGCUCACAGAAGAUGAGAUGAACAACCUGAUGCCUUACCUGGAAUUUAACGGAAGUGGGAAGGUCACCAUACAAUCGAUAAUGGAGGGUCUGAAGAAACUUAAACCAAAAGGAAUGAUGAAUCUGCACAAGUUGUUAGGAACUGCCAGUGGUAUUAACGAAAGAGUCUCUGACCAAAUGGCAGUUUCAGGACUUAAACCCACACUGAAGCUGAAGCCCCUGAAAGCACCUCUCUUUCACAGGAGAGAUAGAGCAUAUCUUCCAGGUUAUUUACAACACAAAGAAUCGAAGCUGAGCCCUUCACAACUAGAAGCCUUCCAAAAUGCUUACAACUACUUCACCAAGGAUAAAACUGGCUGUAUUGAUUCACAUGGAUUGAUGAGCACCUUAGCUAAACUGGGGAUGAAUCUAAACACAUAUGAUAUCUAUAAUGAGUUAAAGUGUGCUGAUCUUGACAGAGACGGUAAGAUCAACUUCUCAGACUUUAUAGAGGUGCUGACAGAUAAGAAACUCUUCCUCAAGGCUGUGGUUCCAGAAAAGAAACUGUGUUUAGAUUUAGCUAACAACCCAGGGAUCUUAUUAUUUGAAAUCCUAUCAAAACUUGUAGAGACGUCAGCCCUGCACAGAAAGGAUAUAAUAGAGCUAGUAAGCUAUUUCCGAAAAAAAUUCCAGGAAAGCAACGUGGAAAGACUGUGGAGUCCUAGAAGGGGCUUUAGGGCAGACAUAUGUACUCCUCCGCGCUCAAGCACGGCUGCCUUUGCCAACUCGGCCAGGAUCUCCAUCAUGAAAGAAAGGGAUCUGUAUAAGUUUCUUGAAGCGCUCAAGCGGUGCGAUCUCCCUACAGGUAGCCCAUACUCAAAAAUACCUAUCUUUCCAUUGUUCCCCGAUGUGGACGGGAUGGUGAUGGGAAGGCCAUUCAAAGACAUACAGAAAUUAGAGAUGCUAAGGAGAAAGGAGCCACUGAGUUUCUUUGAGGACUAUUUUUUCCAUAAAAGAGAUUGGAAAGCACAGGCUGCGGCUGUAAAACCUAUCAAGUCUGCCUCAGGCUAUUCAGAUGACAUCCUAGCCAUUGACCAGCUGUUCAAGAAGAAGCAUCACUGGACAGUGUCUGAUGCGGCGGCUAUCAAACAGCACGUAAAGAGAGCCACGGACACCUAUAACUUAGGAAUUGCGCUUGAGCACCGGAAAGAAAUGCUGAAUCUCUGGAAAAAGAUCCGAGGGGAUUUGAUUGGGAUCGAAACCAACAAUGAGUCCUUUUACAACACCUUUUCUACGUACACGUGGUCCUGGAAUGUCUGCCAAGAGCUGCUUUCCCCUAAGGACUUGCGCUUGCAUGAUGCCUAUGCGAACAGAAACUCCUCCGGCAAUUCUGGAUUAUCUUCCCCAUCAGACUUCAGUGAGUGUGACCUGGAGACAGGAAGGAAAAGGAAGCGGAAAGGUUUCAGGGGAUUUCGGCAAUGAAAUGUCUACAUUUUCUAAACAACUCUUCGAAAACUGCUUUCCAUAGUUAUCAAAAUUAUGAUUUCUUGCUUUUAUCUACUACAGUCUUAGCAGGUGGUAAAUUUGACAUCUUUUGGAUUCCAUCCAGUAAAAACCUUUAAAUCAUAGAA